AUGAGCAGCCUUGAGGAGUCUCGGUCGAACAACCAGGGAAGUCCCGAUGGCGCCCAGAAAGCGGCGGCCAGCCUGGACGCUAACGCUUCACGGAUUCGACGCCGCAACAGGAUGAUUACAUCUUGUUUAGAAUGUAGGCGACGCAAGCUCAAAUGUGACCGACUCCAUCCAUGUACAAAUUGCUCCAAGGGGAAACGUGACUGCGUUUUCCUCGCUCCGUCACUUGACUCUGCGACUCGGCUAAAACUGGCGGAGCUCAAGGAACGGAUGGGUACACUUGAGCGUUCUUUGGAAAAGGAGGUUUCGCAACCUUCUCAAAUAGCGGAAGGCGAAUUACAUGUGGGCUCGAAACCUUCUGGGUCGGAAUCACCUGCACCGGGUCCAGAGGACGAGUUUUCACUACAGCCCACACGGUUGGCCCUGAUGGAUGUCACGUACGAAGAUGAAGCCGACGAUGUCAUGGUCGACUUGGGAAUUCAAGUAGGGAAUAUGCGAGUCACGGAUCGCUUAGGAGGUUUUGUACGUCCCAGAUUGGCGGAAGAAAUAGCUGUUGCAAUCCAGCAAGAGGAGCAACAUAAUUCGGCGAAUCGUGAUAUUCCGGGAGAUGACGGCAAUGAGGUGUUGAGAUUGCUUGAACUUGCAAAUCAAGGAGUCCAGCUCCCGUUCUUAGAUCCGGGUCCAUCAUUCAUCGCUCCUCGCUCUGAUAUGCUGCUUGGGUCGAGCUUGCAAGAAUGCACUUUGCUUGAUAUGUUGCCCUCCAAACCGGUCGCAGAUAGGCUAAUGGAACAGUAUUGGGAAGCUUGCCAUCCAAUUGCAAGAAUUGUCCACCGCCAGUCUCUCGAAGCAAGGUAUAAGCUUUUGUGGGAUAACAUUGCUCUCGGUAUCGAACCAACCCCGUCAAUUCAAGCUAUAAUUUUUGCUACACUAUUCACGGCAGCCGUUAGUAUGACUGCUGAUAGUGUCUUGGAUUCGUUUGGUGUGGAUCAGCGUAGCCUUAUUGAAAGGUUUCAGCUUGGAACAGAGUCCGCUCUUGGAAAGGCCCACUUUUUGCGCUCCACGAAAAUUGAAACAUUACAAGCUUUUGUGAUGUAUUUGAUUCCCAUGUGCCGUGAAACAAUAUCUAGAGUUCACUCCGCUCUAGUUGGGACGGCUAUCAGACUUGCCGAGUGCAUGGGUCUACAUCGUGAUCCUUCGGAAUACAACUACGGCCCAGUAGAAACACACAUACGCCGCCUGAUCUGGUAUCAAUUGUGCUUCCUUGAUCUUCGUACUGCGGAAGUGCAGGGUCCCCGGGUGACAAUUCGCAGUGAUGAAUUUUCUACAAAACUACCUCUCAACAUCAACGACAUCGAUCUCAUAGCUGGUCAUGAAGAAGAGUCUCGAGAAUGGACAGACAUGACGUUUGCGUGCUUACGUUUCGAAAGUCAGGAGCUUAUUCGUGAGGCAUUUGUGGAUAGAAUACGUCUUGAACAGAGAAAAUUGACCAUUACUGGUGCAAUUGGGAAGAUGGAAUCAGCUCGCAGGAAAAUGUACGAAAAAUACGGCCCCAUCUUCAACAGGCCAAACCUCACACCCAUCCAACACGCUGCGUCUGUGACCAUGUCUUUCAUGUUGCAUCGGCUACAUAUCAUACUGCUGCAUAAGUUCUAUAACAGCUGGCAGACCACUAUGCCGGACCGUUUAGUUCAGCUGAUCAUCAAUACAGGCGUUCAACAGCUAGAGGAUGCCAUCACUCUUGAGACAUCUACAGAUUUGAGACCAUGGAUCUGGUAUAGUCGCGCAUAUCACAACUUUCAUACAGCUUUUCUACUUCUAGUGGACGUUACUACCCACCCUCUUCGUCGGGAAGCGGAUCGAAUCUGGCGAUGCUUGGAUUACGUGUACGAGAUAAAAGAUGACUACCAAUCACAAAACUUAACUAGAGGACAGAUCAUUGAGCAUCGACGCAAAAAGUCCCAUAUGAUCAUGUGUCAAUUCCGUGACCGGAUGCGAGUCUACCGAGCACUAAGAAAGAUAAAAACUUCCGUGGAUAUUGAUGAGAUAGUGUUGACCCAGUCUAUUGAUUCUUCUCCCAUCCCGUCUGAUACCGCCGCGGAGGAGGUCGACACAAUGGUCAGUUUCAAGUUGGAACCUCAUACCUUGCUGCCCAGUCAAGCGUCCCAGGAAAAGGCCCGUGCUCUCAUAUCCCAGUCUUCAUAUUCUUCACAAUUCCAGAACGUUGGAAGUGUCCUCACGCCAGAGUCACAAACUAAAGUUCAGAACUAUGCGCCAGGUCAAUUUCCGCAGGUUGCUUCUGGCCUAGGAAAUUUCUCCGGUUUCGAUGCGCUGCAAUCUUCGUGGCUACCCACUGCCCCGGCUAUGUCUGCUGCAACAGCUUCACAAGCAACCUGGAAAAUUUCUCCUCCCAGUUCUGAGGAUCUACCGAUGCCGGAAGUUGAUUGGACCGAGUGGGACAAAAUGUUCCCUCCUCACCUGAAUGACGGUAAUCUCGAUCUCCCACCACAAACAUUAUCGGCAACUAUGCAAAAUGAAAUGGACCCGAAUACAGCGUCUAUGUUUUCCUAUCCAUCAUUCAACCCGGGUUACUUCGGGAAUCGAUGA